GUUGGAGGUCUAAUAAUCGGCCUACAGCCUACAGCUAACAAAGAUGGCGAUCUUGGCAUCUGUUUUAAAAUAUUCUUUCACGGCACGAUUGUCUGUCAAUGUCAACCAUGUGCAGUGCCGAUGUAUCGGAAUAGGAUUGGGCAUUGGAUUUCCCCUUAUCAUUAUUGGAAGCAUUGUUUGUUGAAAUUUGUACGGUUGAAAUCGGAUAGGACUUCAAGGCUCGAUCAAUUGAUUAAGGGCCCAGGCUGUGACGAAGUACCUUUUGUCCUACAGUAGCAAUAAUGAGCUAUUCACGCAACAAGUGCUCCUUGAUUCCGCUCCAAGGAGCUGCGUGUUUGAAACAGUGACAAACGUGCAUUUUUUCUCAAAAUACCCCUUUACAAUGCCGAGCAUUCUUUGUUUAGUUGGUGCACUGGUCGAGAAAUUUUUACACCAAAGCUACACACCCGUAACGUUUAAUAAUAACAGGAGAAAUUCGAGUCGGAUUUUUGUAAACAGUGGCUGUGUGUCGAAAAAAGAAAAUCAUUUUCUCCGAUGGUUGGAGGUGCAUGGAUGUAAAAUCUACAACGUAAUUCGCAAUCGCUUAUUGCAGACCAGCUGUAUGGAGUAAUUUUCUGCGGAAUCUAUCGCAUAAAGGAGAAAUAAGUUAUUGUCCCUUCAUUACGGAUGGAGUGGUUGUAUGCUGGUAAUUUGGUAAAUCGUGACUGGAAACUGCAAAGAGACUUAACAGAUAUGGAUUAUUGGGAGCCAGUGGUUGCGGCAAGACGACCCUAUUGAGCUGCAUUGUAGGCCGGCGUAGUUUGGACAGCGGCGAUGUUCUGGUUCUUGGAGGUGAGCCCGGCUCACCUGAGAGCGGGAUUCCAGGUCCACGGGUUGGCUACAUGCCUCAAGAACUCGCACUGUAUGGCGACUUCACCAUCAAAGAGACACUGGAAUACUUUGGUCGCAUCUACAAUUUGCCUAGCGCUUUUGUCAAGUCUCAGAUGGAAUUCAUUUUUAAACUGCUGGAUUUACCUCCGGGACAUCGUUACGUGAAGACGCUGAGCGGCGGUCAACAGCGACGUGUGUCAUUCGCCGUCGCUUUGUUCCACGAACCUGAACUACUCAUCUUAGACGAGCCGACGGUUGGUGUCGAUCCUAUGUUGAGAAAAAGCAUAUGGAACCAUUUGGUUCGACUGAGUACAGACCAUGGAAGAACGGUCAUCAUCACGACCCACUACAUCGAAGAAGCCCGACAGGCUGACACGAUUGGUUUGAUGAGAUCGGGUCAUUUGCUGGCUGAGGAAUCGCCGCAAAAUCUGCUUGCGACACACGGACUUCGUACGUUAGAAGAAGUUUUUCUCAAAUUAAGCAGAACGGAGCGAGCUAAGAAACAUGGCGCCUUAACAGCCUCUGGCCGUGCUGUUCACCCCACUGAUUCAACACAACAAGAUCAUGGACAUGACAAUCCAGCCUUUCUUUGUACCACUGAUAAUCCAGAUGCUACAAGCGCUGUUGCAUCAAGAAACAGAACCAACAUUUCUGCCACAAUCCAUGAACAGUAUUGGAAGAGUUCCAAAUCUGUCAUUCCACGGGCCGAUGAACACGGCAUCGUUGGUUUAACAUUUAGCCCAUCCCGUCAAAACCUCGAAGAAAGAAUUAGCGAUAGCCAAACAGUUCAGCGACGCGUCGGUUCAAAUAAUAACCCGCCAAAUGCGGAUUCUGGAGCGGCACCAUUCGAUUCACAAGAAGUCGUCCAUAAAAGCGGUGAAUUGACAACUGGAAACAGUUCGGCAUCCAGUUGCAGUAGCUCGAGCAGCAGUUGCGAUACGGCAGUGGCUACUAGUCGACCGGCGAAGAAACGCGGAAGUCGCACAUUCACCUUAUCAAUGCCUUCAGGUCAUCGCACAGCGGCACUUAUCCGCAAGAAUUUUUUAAUUACCAUAAGAAAUAUAGGGAUGUUCGCCUUUGUUUUUCUCAUGCCUGGACUCCAGUCCACACUCUUUUGUUUAGCCAUUGGCCGAGAUCCAACUUCCCUCAAAAUGGCUGUUGUCAACGAAGAGCUAGAUCCGAGUGUAGGUCGGGUGUGUAACUACACCACAGACUGUACGUAUUCAAUGUUUAGUUGUCGGUAUCUGAGAUACUUGGACAAUGCAACAAUUGUACAGAUCCCUUAUCAAAGUUUAUCUGAUGCGCUGGAUGCAACGUUACAAGGAACAGUCUGGGGAGUCAUUCAUUUCGGUCCGAAUUUCACAGAGGAACUGCUGGAGCGUCAAGUUGAUGGCAAUGCUGUUGAUAAAGAAACAAUAGAGGGUAGCCGAAUAGGCAUAACCCUCGAUUGGUCAAACGAACAAAUUGCCUUGACACUCCAACACCGCCUUGUCGGUGGUUUCAAUGAAUUCAACAGGAAUCUAGUGACAUCCUGCGACUACCAACCGGUGAUUCCCAGCAUUCCUGUCGAGUUUAUGGACCCCGUCUACGGCAAAAAGAAUCCGUCCUUUACAGAUUUCAUGGCUCCAGGCAUUAUCCUAACAAUUGCUUACACCCAAGCCGUGUCCUUAACUGCUGCUGUUUUCAUUAACGAACGGAAACAAGGUCUUUUAGAUCGCAGUUUAGUUGCCGGCGUUCGGACCUCUGAGAUUUUACUGGGUCAUCUCGUCACGCAAUUUACGGUGCUCGUGUUCCAGUCGUCAGUUGUACUUCUCGUAAUGCUGCUGGUCUUUAAAAUUACUUGUCAAGGUAGUUUGGCGCUUGCGAUGUUCAUCACCCUUUUACAAGGGAUGUGCGGAAUGUUUUACGGUUUUGUUGUAUCGAGCCUUUGUGACCAGCAAACCAGUGCUUUGCAGCUAUCACUCGGGAGCUUCUUCCCCAAUAUGCUUUUAAGUGGAGUGCUAUGGCCAAUGGAGGGCAUGUCCAUUUACCUGCGCUAUCUUUCGUAUUUCAUUCCAUUAACGCACGCAAUCGAAGCCCUUAGAUGUAUUUUUGCACGCGGGUGGGGCAUCGACAAGCCGGAAGUUUAUUGGGGCAUUUUUGUCAAUUUUGGUUGGAUUGUAGGCCUCCUUUCAGUAUGCUUAACAAUCAUUCGCAUACGAAAGUAUACAGGCUAGUUAGUGGUACAAGAUACCAAUAAGGUUCCUGCAAAGUGUCUUCCAAUUUUUAUGCUUAGUGGACACGGUUCAGUAGAAACGUGUUGUCAGCUCGUUUUUUGCCAACUGGGCAAAAUUAUGGAGAAAAAUAAUGGUCGCCUUAGGAAGUAGGAUGUCCCCGUGAAAUGCUAUACUGCUGGGCGUUAGCGAAUAUUAAUGUAAUGCUCAAAAUCAAUCGCGCGGAAAUGGUAUUUUUCCCAAUUGUUCUGCUAUUAAUCUAAUGCCAAUUUUUUUGGAAAGAGAUGUACCGUUUCAAAAAUAUAUACAGUAUCUAAAUUU